AUUGGGUUGAAUUUCAGACAGCCAGAGGUCGGUCAGGUCAGAAUUGGAUGAGCCACUUGAUCGAUCACUUACUCAUUUCUAUGCUUUCAGAUCGAUCUAGUGCACUGCAUACAUAAGGCAGGCAUUUUUUUUUCAGACAGUGGAUGAAGCUAGGAAGAGGUCCGAUUAACUGAAAAAAUAAUGAGUAAUAAUAAGUAUAUACUAAUUAACUACACCAUUCAUUGUAUUGCAGGCAAAUGCAGUUCAACUUGUGUUCCAGCAAAGAUGCAAGUGACAGUAUACUACUACAGUAAGCGGCAGCGCACUAGUCGUCGUCGUUGGCCCAAAGGGUCAACUAGAUAGCUAUAGGGAUACUGUGAUUCAAUUGUCUCCUCUUCAGGGUUCAGACGAGCUAGCUAGUCGGUGAAAGGACCAUUGUUCUACUGAAAAUAAGCACACGGAUCAAUAGAGACGGCAUAUAUCCCUUCCUUCAAACCCGAUCAACAAGAUCCAUGGGAUUUUUCAUACUUUGUUUCAUUUAUCAUUUGUUGCAAAAGAAAAUGAUUUGUAGAGAUUCUGAAUUUAACUUGUAUGCCAUAGUUUACUUGCAAUACCUAAUAAUUAAACUAAUCUUUUGAUGCAGAUCAUAUGAUGAGCCUAGGCAUUUAAAGAUGCACAAAAAUCGAAAGUUUGACUAAAAGCGUAUCUAAAACGACAAUUAUACCCCAUGAGGAGUGUGUUUGGCUUCAACCAAGAAAAGGUAAGCAUGUGAUUUGUGGGAAUGUUGGGCCCUAGCACAAUAUGUUUAAUUCCAUAGCAAUUAAACAUCUCGCAAAGCACAAAAAGAUCAGUAGCCGUUUAGAAAAACAAACAGCGAAUCAAUCACUAGAAAAAAAAACAUUAUCCUCUUGUUUUUCAACUGGAAUGAACCACCAACAAAGAAAAAACAACAUUGGCAACUAUGCUCUCAUGAAUGAAAUUAUAGUUGAAACUUAUGCACUCCUACAGUCCUACUCCCUCCGUUAGGUAAUAAGUUCAUUUUUAAUUCCUUUUAUUUAUUCCAAAAUAAAUUCACUUUUAAAUUAAUCAAUACUACAUCGAAAUUUGUAAAGUAAAGAAAUAAUUACAUUAAAAGUAGAGUAGAUAAAGUGAUGAAUAGUUACAUCUUGGAUUUAAUAAAGAUGAGUAUUUUAGUCUUUUGUUGUAUUAGCAUGUGUGAAAUAAAUAAAAAGUAAACUUAGACCUGAUUUAGUUCCUAACUUUUUUUCAAACUUUCCUAGACACGUAAACUUUUAAUUUUUCUGUCACAUCGUUUUAAUUUCAAUCAAAUUUUAAAUUUUAGCGUGAACUAAACACACCACUAUUUUGGAAGGUAGCAGUGAAAAACAAAGAUUGCAAUGCAAAAUUGCAACAUGCCAAUAUCCAGUUGGGCACAUUUGACCUGUCUCUGACCUGACAACCCUCCUUGUCCAUCAUCAUCUUCUUCCUCCCCUCCCCUCCCCUCCCUCUCAUCAAGGGCAAAGGACAAAGGCGCAAGCUUUAUUAGCUGGCCGCAAUUCAACUCUCCACAGCAGCAGCCGCCUCCCGAUCUGGGCGGCCACUAGCUCAACCAAUCAAGCAACCAAGCAAGCGAGCUCGGAGCUCGUCGCCUCGCCCAUGGUUACCCUCUGGAAGCGGAAACCCAAGCCCAAUCCGGAGCCGGAGGAGAAGGAGAAGGAGGAGGAGAAGGAUCAUCGGAUGUGCAAGACCAAGAGCUCCGUCGCCACCGCCUCCAUGGCCGCCUCCGCCUCCACCGCCACCACCCCAAGAAAGCAUCAGCAUCAGCAUCAGCGGUCGCCUCGCGCCACGGCAACCCAGUACUCCACCACCUCCUCCUCCUCCGCGCCAUCCACCGCCACCGCCACCUCCUCCUCCACCGCCGCCUCGCUCCAGGCUCUCCGCGAUUCUCUCCCCGACCUCCCCCUCCUCCUCACCUUCCACGAGCUCGCCGCCGCCACCGCCAACUUCUCCUCCUCCCACCGCCUCGCCCCCAAUUCCACCUCCUUCCGCUGCUCCCUCCGCGGGCACUCCGCGGCGGUGUUCCGGCGCCCGCUCCGGCGGGACCAGGCGCACGUGGCCGCCCGCCUCGCCGCCCUCGGCCACUGCCACCACGCCGCCAUCGCGCGGCUCCUCGGCGCCGCCGCGUCGCCCGACGGCUCGCUCUUCCUCGCCUACGAGCUCCUCCCGGACGCGUCGCCGCUGUCCGCGCUCCUCCGCAACCCCAACAGCCCGUCCUUCACCCCGCUCGCGUCGUGGCAGUCCCGCCUCAAGGUCGCCGCCGACGUCGCCGACGCGCUCCACUACGUCCACCUCCAGGCCGACACCGUCCACAACCGCCUCUCCGCCUCCACCGUCCUCGUCUCCGGCGACGGCCCCACCCUCCGCGCCAAGAUCGCCCACUUCGGCGCCGCCGAUCUCGCCGGCGAGCUCCUGGGAGACCGCCGGGGGAGGCGGAUCGAGGGCACGCGCGGGUACAUGGCGCCGGAGCUCAUCGCGGGCGCCGCCCCGUCGCGGCGAUCCGACGUGUACGCGCUCGGCGUCGUGCUGCUGGAGCUGGUGUCCGGGCAGGAGGCGGUGAGGUACGAGCAGAACAAGGCGACGGGGGAGUACGAGAGGACGUCGGUGAUCGAGAGCGCGGAGGCGGCGGCGGAGGGGGGAGGAGGGGAGGCGAUGCGGCGGUGGGUGGACCGGAGGCUGAGGGACUCGUUCCCGGUGGAGGCGGCGGAGGCGAUGACGGCGGUGGCGCUGCGGUGCGUGGCGAGGGACGCGGCGGCGCGGCCGGACAUGUCGUGGGUCGCCGCCAAGGUGUCCAAGCUCUUCCUGGAGGCGCAGGAUUGGUCCGAUAAGUUCCGCAUCCCCACCGACAUCUCCAUCUCCAUCGCUCCCAGGUGAAGGUGAAACCCCACCCACCUCGCCGGAGACUCACUCACCGCCCACCGCACCUCGCCGGAGACUGACUGACCACCGCCGCAUCGCAUGCAUCCUCACAGUAAAAAAAAAAGAUGCAAUUUUUUUUUACAGUAAAAGAUGCAUUUUUUUUUGACAGUGUAAAGGAUGCUUUUUUCUUCUUUUGUGGUUUUGUUGUUCAUCAGGCGAUGUAUAUAGAUAGAUGUUGCUGUAGUUGAUGUGCAGCGCGAUUGAGAUCCUCCUAUGUAGAUCUGUGGGUCCAUAUGUUAGUGACAACGGUACGGUGCAGUCGACUGCAGAGGAUCGUGAUCCUCACUUCUAGUACAAAUUUAUUUAUUAGUACUGUUAAUGUAGGAGAUUUAGCCUAACAGUGGUUGACACGAUGUGAUUGUGAGUGAGGUAGGAAUUGUUAGGCGAAAAUGCAAUCACACAUGCUAACAUUUGAAACAGAGCCUGAUGAUUUCUGGAUGUACAUAUAUACUAUGCGUGAAUGGAACAUAGCAGUCAAUUGGAUGA